AUGUUUAGCCGUUUAUAUAAUAGGAAUUUGGAUAAUAAUCAUCAAAAUUCAGGUAAAUCUAACAGAAUUAGGAUAACUUUAAAAGAUAGAAUAAAUUCUAAAGAAAGUAAAAACCUCCCAGUAACUGAAAGUAUGUCUUUUAUAAACCAUGGAGAAAGAGAUGAUUAUUCGCCAAUAAGAAGAAAUAACACAAUAGGAAGAAUCAUACAAAAUGGAUCUCAACAUAUAUUUUAUCCAGUAAAUCCAAAUAAUAAUUUCACUAGACAACCAAUUAGAGGUUGUUAUAACUCUAAUAUAGUACAUAAUAGUCACUCAAAGAUACAAUAUAAAGGUUCAAUUGAAUCUGUAACGAAUAAUAGAAAAUCUGAUGAGUUUAAUCCAAUUCAAUCGUUAAGAUCAUCUCCUGACUUAGUUUCCAAGGUACCAUCAAAUAUUGAGGUAACAGAAGAUCAGGAGCUUAGAAAAGUGAAAACAAUUACUUCUUCAAUUCCUUUGGAAUUAAUUGAAAGAGAUUCAUUAGAAAGAUUGAAAUCUUCAAAAAGCCAAAUAAAUGAAAUAGAGGAUAGCGAGAAUGAGAGAUUGAAUAGUAACAGAAACAGGCACGGAAUACCAUUUGAUUUAUAUUCACUAUCUGAAGAUUCUAUGGGAAAGAUAAAUUCGGAAUUCCCUGUAGAAAAAGAAGGACCUAUAAUUGAAACUAAUGAAAAGAAUAAAAAGGAUGAUGUACUUGUAAGGAGUAUAUCAUUGAAUAAAGAAAAGUUACCUAAUUUAGAGAUUUUACCUUUAAAGAGUUUUACAGCCUCGGAAGAAACUAUGAGUAACCAAAAGAAAACAAGUAAUAGUGGAGAAAAUUGUGAGUUAAGGGCCCUUAUUAAUGAUAAGAGCAAGGAAAUCAGUGGAUUAAUUCCAAAACUUAACAAAUCAGCAUUUUAUUUCGUAAGAUUUAAUUUGCUUCUGCAUUUAGCUGCAAUUGUUAUACAAUGUUACUUCAGAAGGUAUCUAUGCAAAAAAUACCUAUAUUUCAGAAAAUUUGGGCCAAUAAAGCUUUUGAACAGCUCUGCAAUGCAAAUACAAGCUUGUUGGAGAAGUUUCCUGACCAGGUUUGGAAAAUCAUUGUGUGGUGAGACACUUUCGAACAAUAGAGGGAAUGGAUGUAUGAAUUGUUAUAAUUGGUCGUUCCUUCAUGAAAAAAAUUUUGUUGAGAUUGUUAAAAAAAGAAAUCAGAAUGCGAAAUUUAUACAAAAUUACUGGAAAAACACAUAUAUAAAUAAUAUUAACAUUGAGAGAGAGAUCUUGACUAAUUCUAUCUUUUCAGCUAGAGCUUUAGCCAGGGAAACUAUUGAAAGAUUUCUUCUUGGUUAUUCAGUUAGAAGAAAUGUUGAUUCUAAAUAUAAAUUAGUUCCUAUUAAGUGGGGCUGGAGUACUCAAGAGAUUUCGGAGAUCUUUAUUUUAUUAAAAAAAAGGAAUAAAUGGUCAGAACCAAAGAGAAUGUUGUUCAAUCAGGAGGAAAAUUUGUACAAAUAUCAUCUUUUCCUCUCAAAUGGCACGCAUCAAAUUGUAUUCAAAGUCCACUACAAAAAUAAAGAACUUAAAGAAGGUCAGGAUUUCAAAAUUUUGUGUGAUUCAUCUUUGGAAACCACUCCAAAUGAAGAAUUCCAAUUUGUGAAUAACAUUAGUAUUUAUAACAAUAACUACACAACCAGUGCUUUCAAAUAUUUGAGAAACAGAAUCUCGUCUAUUAAUUUCCUAACUAGUAGUAAUUACGUAGGCGAACCUAACUCCGAUAUUGUGCAAGAUCUUGAGCAAGAUCUUAGCUACAUUGCAUUAUCUCCGAGCUACAAGGAAUCUCUUGACAGAGAGUAUUCAGAAACUGAAUAUGCUGGUUCUCCCUAUAAGAACUCAGGCAGACUUAAGAACGAUGCUAUCAGCACUCCGAGUACAAAUUUGGACUAUAGUCCUGGAAUUCAGCACUUUGUCCAUUAG